AUGCUCAUGAGAUACCUGGGCACCGACACAUUGCUCUGCUGGGACCCUGAGAAGAACAUCCACGACCCUGCCUCGGCGCUCGAUAUGAAGGUUGAUGGCCAGCCCAAGCAGAGUCUCCGACAAAAGCAGAUCGAGACGGCCGAGCCCAUCCUCGCAUACCUCACUACACACAUCUUCCCUGGUCUCGAGAUUGUUCCCAUCUUGGGUGAGGAUAGUAUCAUGCCCGUCAAGCAGCCAAAGGUGACACAGGAAGUUAUUCGUGGCUGGAUAUCGGCUCUGCCUGCGUUUGAGCUGGCAGGACUCGAGAGAGGAGUUUUGGCGACCAAGAGUCUGCUUGUCGCAAUUCGACUGUUGGUCGAGUGGAGUCAGGAGUUCAGACACCUGCAAAAAGACAACAACACAUCCCGAUUUGGCAUUUCUGAAGCCCGUAAAGCUUCAAGUGUUGAAGUGACGUGGCAGACGGACAUGUGGGGUGAGGUCGAGGACACUCACGAUGUCGAAAAGGAGGAUGUGGCUAGACAGCUGGGCAGUGUGAUUCUGCUGGUGUCGUAG